CGACGGUCUUGCGCCACAUCCAUCAUUAUUAAUCUGUUUGCCGAUUGCAAUGGUCAAGAUCGUCGUCACUGGCUUUGGCAAGUUCGGCGACAUCAUUGACAACCCCACGACCAAGUUGGCGGAACUGUUGAAGGACGACGCCAAUGUGCAUGAGGUCCAUGUCUUGGAAGUGUCUGCGGAAGGCGUUCGCGCCGCCUUGGCGCCUCUGUGGCAAGAUGCCGCCGACCAUGCGGACGAGCCCACGGUCUUUCUGCACAUGGGGGUGAAUGGCAGGAGCAAGCAAAUCGACUUCGAGCAAUUCGGGUACAACUUGGCCAACUUUAACAUCCCCGAUGAGCGCGGGUGGGUCGCUAAGAACGAAACGAUCAUCGCGAACGAAGCAGCGUCGCUUGAAACGACGCUCCCCUUGGAAAAGUUCAUUGCGCAUUGCACGGAACAGGGCUGCAAGGUGGCGCUGUCCAACGACCCUGGUCGCUACAUUUGCAACUUUACGUACUUUCUGUCGCUGGCCCAAACCAAGGCCAGACCCAACCACCACGCUCUGUUUGUCCAUGUGCCGCCGUUUACCGUUCAACCCCAAGAGGAACAGCUACACGCGAUCAAGACUCUUGUCGCUGUCAUCCAGGCGACGUUGUAACUGUUACCGGUAACAUUAUUGACGCUGGCGUUACUUUCACGUUUCCUUUCCUUCGUGCUAUGUACAGUACUGUAUCGGUAGUACAUACAGAGAGUGUGCUCUUCUUGUCAACACACAACUGACUCGGAGUUGUACACUUCAUGGAGCCAUGUCAGGGUGAACCUGUGCGUGCGCUGUCAUGUGCAAUGAAUGGAUCACCCAUCCACCUAAUUUUGGUCGGCCAAUGCACACGGAGUUUUGUUUAGGGUAUUUCAAAAUACCUUAUCAAACGAAGCCCUACUUCGACUAAUUGUACUUGAUAUUUGUAUCCUCGAUAUGAAAAAGG